CAUAGUCUGCUUAGUAAAUGUUGUAAUGUGACAUCACCCCAUGGGUCACUAAUGAUCCAGUGCUUGCACAGGGGACUGUGCACUUUGCCUUUUGGCUAAGAUUCACAGGAGCAGGGACAGCUUUGAUGACAUUGCAAAAAUGGGCUUGAGCAUUUUGACAGGCAGAACAUGCACACAGAAGCUGGAGAAACUCCUAUUUAGAUUUGGUGACUUUUAGUAGACACAGGAGGAUUCGGUCUCAGAACAGGGUUGACUAAUUUCUAUGGUGAUCCCCACCUACAGCGUUGAAAUCAGUUUGGCAUGAUUAAGUCACAUGUAAGAGCAGGGAUUUACCUGUUUUCAGUAGUAUGAGGGCACUAUAAUGUGCAAGGUAAGAGGUCCCGGGUGUGGGAAAACCGGAUUCAAAUCUCCAUUCAGCCAUGACAUUCGCUAAGUGGCCCUGGGCAUUUUUGCCUAAGCUGUCCACAUUUUGCUGACAGUGCAUGAUAGAAGAACUGAAAAACAUGUCUUAAGUGUUGUUGAAUGAAUAAUUUAUAAUAAUAUGUUUCUUAGUAAUGAUCUACGAGAAGAAGAAAAUCUAACUCAGUAAAUAUUGAGUGGCAUAAGGGGAAAGUUAAAGGUGUUAACAGUUUUGGUUUUUUUCUCCAUCUCUUGUAAAGGAGCAAUGGCAGGCGCUGGAGAGCGCAAAGGCAAAAAGGAUGACAAUGGCAUUGGCACGGCCAUUGAUUUUGUCCUGUCCAAUGCUCGACUUGUCCUGGGCGUGGGAGGUGCUGCCAUGCUGGGGAUCGCCACUUUGGCUGUCAAAAGGAUGUAUGAUCGGGCAAUCAGUGCCCCAACCAGCCCCACACGCUUGAGCCAGUCAGGAAAAAAAAGCUGGGAGGAGCCAAGCUGGCUUGGGUCGUCACGGUUACUGAAUGAAGAUAUGAAGAGUAACCUUAGCCGUUCCCUGCAGACUCUUCCUACAGAUCCUUCAGCAUUUGAAAUGGACUUGGUCAAAUCUACGAAACAGAAAUCAUCUGUCAAAAGAAGCCAGAUGGAGUUGAAGAAGUCCCGCCUCAGAAUGUCCUUGCAAGAGAAGUUGUUUUCCUACUACCGGAGGAAGGUGGCCAUCCCAGCCGAAGAACAGGCCCGAGCCAAGCAGGCUGCUGUGGAUAUUUGUGCUGAAUUGCGAGGCUUCAUCCGUGCCAAGUUGCCAGACAUGCCUCUGCGUGAAAUGUAUCUGAGCGGCAGCCUCUAUGAUGACUUGCAGGUUGUGACAGCUGAUCACAUCCAACUCAUUGUUCCUUUGGUGUUGGAGAAGAAUUUAUGGUCCUGCAUUCCCGGUGAAGACACCAUCAUGAACAUCCCUGGCUUUUGCCUGGUACGCCGGGAAAAUCCAGAAUACUUCCCUCGUGGGAGCAGUUACUGGGACCGCUGUGUGGUGGGGGGUUACCUCUCCCCCAGAUCCGUGGCUGACACCUUUGAGAAAGUAGUGGCAGGUUCAAUCAACUGGCCAGCUAUUGGAAGUCUUCUAGAUUAUGUGAUACGUCCAGCAGCACCCCUGGAAUCUCUGACAUUGGAGGUACAAUAUGAAAGAGACCGGCACCUUCUAAUAGACUUUUUGCCAUCUGUGACACUAGGCGAUACUAUUUUGGUGGCCAAGCCUCACCGCUUGGCCCAGUAUGAUAACCUGUGGCGACUUAGUCUUCGGCCAGCGGAGACGGCUCGCCUCCGGGCCUUAGACCAGGCUGACUCUGGCUGCCGUUCCUUGUGCCUCAAGAUCCUCAAGGCCAUAUGCAAGCUGAACCCGGCACUGGGUCGCCUUUCUGCCAGCCAGCUCACCAAUGUCAUACUGCACCUCGCCCAAGAGGAGACAGACUGGUCCCAAGAUGCACUCGCUGACCGUUUUCUGCAAGCGCUGAGAGGACUGAUAGGCUAUUUAGAGGUGGGGGUUCUUCCAAGUGCUCUGAAUCCAAAGGUGAACUUGUUUACAGAGCUCACUCCUGAGGAAGUGGAUGAGUUAGGCUACACCCUGUACUCUUCCCUUUCAGAACCAGAAGUCCUGUUGCAGAUGUAAUAGCUGCCUUAUGUCUGAGAAGGGUGUUGGGACCUGCAGGUUCUCUGACACUUUUAAUAUAUGCACACACCCUGUCCUGUUCUUUUGGCAAGCCCGGUUUCUUAAUUAUAUACUCUAUGUGGUCCUCUAGAUUUCUUGGUGCUACUGGUCCAGUUCUACUGCUUUGGCAGCAGCUGUCUGAAGGAGCAAGAGGCAAUGUGGAAACUGGGGUUCAGAGUUGUGGGUCCAUCUUUGUUGCUGUGACAACUGCCUCCUUCAACACUGCAUUCCUUUUUUUUCUGUUACUGGUGCUGCAGUGAAAACAGACAGUCCCAUCCCAGAAAAGGAUGGAACUGGGCCAGUAAAACCCCUGGCAUUUUUAGGAAUCCUUGUGAGGCGAUGCAUUUUUUUUUCUUGGAUACUGUCCCCUAUGGAUGAUUUGUUAAUCUUGUUGGUCAUUUUCACACCCAAAAUGUGCAUGGCUGCCUGAAUGGGAAGUUUCAAAUGAAAAGUAUUUAUUGCAGGGGAUGUAUUUGUGUGAGCACUGAACAGUGAUUGUAUUUAAAGUGUUCAGGGAAACAGGGCAGAAUUUCCAGGGAGAUUUGGCUUACUGCAUCAGUUCUUCCUAUUGUUGAACCCUGAUCAGUAAUUUCAUCUUUGGAAGCUGGGCUGGUUCAGAUCCAGGAGGCACUCCUUUGCCACUGUAGUGCCCUACAUCAAACAAUACACAAUUCUCCUUGCACCCAUGUAUUCGGAUUUUUUAAAUUAAUUUACCUCUGCAGAAGAAUGUUAGAGUGAUUUUCCCCCAUUGGCUGCUCUCAAGAUUAUUUUUCUGCACCCUGAUUAUAAUUUCCUAAGAAAGCGGGAACAGUCGAGGAGCUCUUUGCCAUCUUUAAUUGUGACAUCCAAGUCUGAAGGCAAAGAAACAACUUUUGCGAACGGCUCCAUCACGAGCACUUCAGUUGAGAGCAGCUAAUCACACAGCAAGUGAAGGGCACUUAAAGGUCAGCCCUUGAUUUUCAUAUAUUGGCAAAACAGUGGGGAAAUUAUGAGUCCUGCUUUCUGCCUGCCCUGAGUCACAUAUGUAAAGAUGCAAGCAGUGAAGAUUUUGGAGAAAGGAGAAUGUAAUUUUGAGCUGGCAAGACCCAUUAAAUUGCACUGCUUAUGAAUUUGCAGAAGGUGGCAUAUUUUUACACUUUAGUCCUGUUGCUUUUAGGGAACUAGUAGUUUACUACUCCCACUGCCAUUGUUACUCAGCUGUCCUCUGUGUCCCUCCCUGCUGCUUUUAAGGGAGUAACCGCCCACUUCAGCUAUAUCUCCUCCUCUGCAAGCGUGGAAUUGACAUAGACAGUGAAUGUGUUAUCUCUCAGGAAUACUCUUCUACCACUGUCACCCCUUAAAUAUUCCCUGAGAUGUAUAUGUGUGAUUUUUGUGUAGAUGACUCUUGGGUUGUUAUGUUUCCAGUACCUAAUAUUGCUAUUUGAAGGCAGGACAAAUAGGAAGGUGAUUUGUAGGUGCAGGAACUUGAGUAGAGGUUCUCUUCCCUUUCUUCCUUUUGAAAAUGGUGCUUAUGUUAACAUCUAAACCUCGGUCGUGGUUUUUAAUUUGCUUUCCCUGUUUAAAAAGUGCCCCGAUUCAUAUUCCACCUAUUUAAAAUCAGAUGUUUGCAAGACAGUAUUUGUUUCACACGAAUGAAACAGUGUUACAGCUGUUUAAGCUUUACCAGACUGCCAGCCAAAGACUUGAAAGGUUUUAAUGUGGGUGUCCAGCCAUCUGUAGCCAGGAAAAGCAGCAUUUUUUACUCUCUAAUGUUUGUUCUGGUUUUCAGUGGCUGCUUUAUUUUUCUUUUAAAUCAACGUCCUUUCUUUCCCUACUUCUCUUCUAGUAUAAGUCUUCCUGUCACACUUGGUGAUGAGUGAAGCUGUGGGUAUAACUCAGAUCGAGUACUCUGCUGUUCGGACAAAUAAUUUUACAAAUUGCACAAAGAGUGUGAUCUCAUUCGGUGGCGGUCUCUCUUUCAUCUGGUGCUCGUUUCCAAGUGGUAGUCUUUCCACAACGCGAUAAAUGGCUUAAUAGUAAAGGAAGCUACUGAAUUGGUUGGAGGAAUCCGGUAUCUCCUGCCAUUCCAUUUGUCAAACACUUAUUAAUACAUACUCCUUUUAAAAAGAACCUCUUUGUUACUUGUUAGAAAAAUAAUAAUAGAUUGUUGUGUGUGUGUUGCUGUCAAACUGGAUUAUUUGGAAUGUAGGAUGGGAUUUUCCCAGGAGCAAGUCACCUUUUUUUUGCUUUCUUCACUUUUAUCACUCUAGCUGCUCUGUUCUGAAGAGUGAUGUAUUUUGUGUAGGUAUCUGAAAAAGGGUGCCUGUUUAAUAAUAAGACCAGUGCUUAUAAUCUCACAAGCAACAAGUAGUAAAGUCUCUGCCACUGACACUCAGUGGAAUAGCCAGAUUUUUAAAGCAUGGAACAAAACUGGAUUGUCCAGUUCCCUCAGUUCUGGGGAGGGCUGUGUGUCUUGCACAGAGCUCAGGCAUUAUGUCGUGAGGGGCAGCUAUUAAGAAUCUUGCACUAAUGCUACUUUGUGACUACACAACUCAGUCGUAUGAAAUGCUAAGAUGUUAACUAUCAGUAUUCACUAAAAAUGCACAUGGGCAGUGUUUGGUGAUUAUAGCACAGGAGGCUUGGUAUUCAAUAUCCGUGGACUUCUGAAACUUCAGAACAAAAUCUGGAUGUCGAGAAUGUGAAAUGGAGCUCAUGACUUAUGGAGGUGGAAAACCCAGACAGUCAGAAGGCUGUCACAGGUUCUUGAAUCAUGAGAAUGCACUGGUGUAAUGCCUUAACGAUGUCAUGGAAACCAAUACGAUUUUUCCCUGAACUGCACAGUGGGGGACCAACUAGUACAAAUAUAGAUUUUUGUUGCAGUCAAACACCCCUACUGAUUCUGAGUCAGAUAAAAAUUCUUCACGCGAAAAAAGAAUUAUGUAAAUAACAGCAAGUGAAAGGAGCUUAGGUACCCAGGAUACUUAAGAUAACCGAAUGAGAUCUUUUACCUUGUCUCAAGCCCUAAUGCACUUUAAGGGGGAUUAGGGGAAGGAAAUCUAGUGCAUGGUCUGUGACAGUAUGUGGAAAUUCUGAAAUAAAAUAACUUUCCACAACACUAUGGCUGUGUUUUAACUAUUUUCUUAACCUGAAAUGCUCAGAGGUUUAUCUGAAAGAGAACUUCUGCAGUGCUUUGAUCAGCCCACAGGUGUGCGGAAACAAACGGACUUGCUCCUGGACUUCUGGACUUGAAAGCUGUUGCACAGAGUGUGACUUAAAAAAAAAUGAGCAGGAGGCCUGAGUCGAAAUCAAUGUUGAGCUUAAAUGUUAUGCUAGAGCAGGGGUCUGCAACCCACGGCUCCGGAGCCACAUGCGGCUCUUUCAGCCUUAUACUGCGACUCCGCAUGGCCUGGAGGUCGGAGGGUAGCAUGGCUGUGUCUCUCCAGGAAAGGUGCGUGGAGGGGCCAAACUGGAGGCGGCUCCAUGCAGAGCUGCCUCUCUGGCUCGGUAGAUCUUCGGGGCCGUGAAAAACGGGUCCAAAUGGCUCUUUGGGUGGUAAAGGUUGCUGACCCCUGUGCUAGAGAGAAACAUAAUACAAGAUCUGCUACAGUAUUUUUCAUCCUAACUGUCUUGGUUUUCACUUUUUAAAUGAGUUGUUUUCUAGGGGUGUGGGAAGGGUGGUCUUGAACAGAGGCUACAGAGUUCUGAUGUAUGGCCCUGGAGAUGUAUGUGUCUUCCAUAGCUCCAUCAUCGUUGGAGUUUCACUCUGAUCUUUUAUUGAAUUUGCAAAACAUCAAGGAGAGAAGAGAGUGCUCACCCCUGUUUCCCAAGUUUUCAUGGCAAUAGUAGACUUUCACCUUUCAGGAUCAUGGGUAGGAGAACACAAUCAUAUCUGGGGGGAAUGAAACCCCUUCAAAGCUAAUCCUUUGUGUGCUUGAAGAAAAGAGUUGGUUUUCAUACCCCACUUUUCUCUCCCUUGAAGGAGUCUCCAAGCUGCUAAAAAUCACCUUCCUUUCCCCACAGCAGACACCUUGUGAGGUAGGUAGGGCUGAGAGAGUUCUGAGAGAACUGUGACUAUCUCAAGGUCACCCAGCAGACUUCACGAGGAGGAGAAGGGAAACAAAUGUGGUUCUCCAGAACAGAGUCCGCCACUCUUGACCACUACUCCAUUCUAGCACUUCUAAAAAAGAGCUAUUUUUGAAGGAGUUUAUACUCCCCUGUUUUUAUGUUACUAGACAUGAGUAAAUGCUUCUAGGUUUCCUAAUCCAGGAUUGUGGCAUUACACAUCUAUGGUACUUAAGAACAAAACCCCCUUGCAGCAAUCUCUGAAUUCUGAAGAGGGAAAUAUUUGAGAAACAACCAACCUGUCCAGCUUCCACCUCACUGCUUGUUAGAACACCCAAGAUUGGUGUUCUAAAUUUCUCUUUUGUAUGAACUUCAUCAGAUUAGGGUUUUGCAUUCCUUACUAACACAUAUCCCUGUUCUGGCCAUCCCAUCCCUGCUUUUCAGCUAUUUUCCUAAUCCUUCAAUGCCUUGUUGUUUCUUCCUACUCAGCAAGGAUUGCAAUAAAAACAAUAUGUGUAAUUCUAAGUAUAGAAGUUAGGUUCACAUGACUUGGAUCUCUGUUAAGAGUUAUAUUCUUCUUGUAGGUUGGCAUUGUUAUGAGAUCCCUCUGCUUCCUUUACUGGACAGCAACCAACUGCAAACUAGCCUGAUGGGUAAUGGAAAAAGGAAUUAGACAUGUAACACUGCUGCCCCCAGGCUGAUGAUAUUCACUGUACUUCUUGCUGGUAUUUUAGCCAUUUAUCUCCCUGCCUUCACUGCCACUGGUAGUAUAAGCUCACCCACCUCUGGGUCAAUGUUUAUAUUUGUAUAAUGUUAUACACGUAUUAAGUUUCUUUUCUGUAUGCUUCUUGCCUGUUUUGUCUCUCCUAGAUGGCCUAGAAUGAGCUUGCAACUUUUUCUCUCUUUCCAGUUAACUCACUGCAGCCCAGAGAGGACUUUAUUGCUAGCAAAAGGUUUGGCCUGUAGGGAAGACUCCAAAGCUCAGCAUGGUGAAAUUUCAAACAUCCAUUGCUUGCAGCCCUUCCCACUUCUCUGUGAAAAUAACUUUAAAAAUUGGUGAUGUCAUGACACUCUGUGCUACCAAACUGAUGGCAGUAGAUCGCCAAGGCUUCAGGCAGAGUUAUGUGCCUUCCUUAGGAAAUCUCUACAUCACUAGGUUUCUUUGGAGUUUUUUGAGCAUUCAGUACCCUUAACUACCUAGCCUGUGAAGGAUAAAACUUGUCCUGUAUUGCUUGCCUUCCCUUGUCUUAAUUCUAUAUAAUUCUAUAUGGUAUAUAAUUCUAUAUUUCCUGGAAGAUUGGUCUGCUGGUGUCAGGAUGCUGGUGCCUUUGGGGCAAUGAUGUCAUCACAGCAUUAGACUGCCUAGUUUGUAAUUACAGUAGUUUCACAGUGAUUUUUUGGGGGGGUUAGGGAGAUGCUAAGGAGAAAAUACUGGAACGUUCUGCAAUUCAAGGAGCCGCAAAAGAAGAAUGUUCCUUCAAAGAAAGCAAGUGUAUUUCAAGUGGCUGCUGGAGGCAUAAUAGUGAUCAGCUGAUGCACUUCACUAUAACAUAACCUGACAGCAAUUGUAUCACUGCUUGAAAUGAAGAUGAUAACACACCCUCUCCACUCCAUUUACUCUACUUCUCAGUUUUUGCAGUCCUGCUGGUACUGUUAGCUGCCAGGAGGUUUUGAGAAAUGCAUUUGGCUUUUUGAGUACAUUAUGCCAAAUAAGCAUGUUAAUAGCAAAAACCAAAUUUACUAAAGCAACUUUGAAAAUGCAAGUAAAAAAGAUACCAAAUAUACAGCUUGGACUUCCCCAAGUGAAGCAACUCUUCCUUCCUGCCCAAUGUCUGUACUCUGAUUCUAGUUAAGAUUAAUGAUUUUGAUUAAUGGUUCAACAACUUCUGUUUAAUUUUUAUUUAUGGUAUGAAAUUGCUUAAAUUUUAAUCUGUUAAUAGGUCAAGUUUUAUGUAAUUGCUGUUUGAAUAACAGCCGUGUUGUGAGCCACCUUGAGCCCUUCGGGGAUGAGGCGGCUUAUAAGUCGAAUA